GUCAGAAAUGACUUGAAGGCACACGCCACACAAUGGUAUCUCUUUACUGUCUGUCAAGCUACUCUGUUUUUUUCCUUUACAAAAUCAUUUGUGGUCUCCAGUCUGGUUAAGGUGAGUAGUUAUUUUUAAUCUGUGAUUGCUUCCACAGAGACAAUUUCUUCAGCCUGUUCAACAAGCACCAUCUUUUGUCAGAUAGAUCCACUUUGUGCCUUCAGAUCUACCAUUGUCCCCAUAGUUUUCUCCUCAGAGAAAGCUUCCUCAAUCUGCACAAAAUACACACUCUUGGGAGAUUAUCUCACAGGAGGGGAAAUGGGGAAAGAAAAGGCAAAAUGGCACAUUUGUGCGGAAGAUUUUCAGAUGACGUCCCACUCAGUCGAGACUUCUCCUGGAAAUAAGGAGGGCCAACCUCCUUGAUGACAGGCACUCCUGGCCUUUCUUCCCCAGGUCACAGUCCAGGUGAACGUUUCUGUGUCUUAGGCCCUAUACAGAUGGGCAGGAAGGGGCAGCGAGACACUACCCCUUUCUGUCCCCGAUCGGUGCCGCAGCAAACACAUGCCACAGCACCAAUCUGGCCUCUAGAGCACAAAAGGAACCAGUUUUUCUGGCUCCUUUUUGUACCUGCGAAGCAGCGCCAUAGCCACAGCCGGCCAGCUUGAUCACCUCCCUUUGGCACAGCGCUGUUUGGAUGCUACGCCAUAUGGACAUCAGCAUAGCGUGUGCUUUCUGAACAUGUGUGUGCAAAGAUGGCACCUGGGCAGCUCAGGGAGGACUGUGAGCGUGGAGAUGCUCAGCCCUCACCCCGCCCGCAGGAUGGCGCUUUUUGCCUGUCUGUAUCAGGCCUUAGAGAUAUAUCCUAGACACAGGAACAUUCAGCUGGAUUGUGAUGCAGGGAAAGAAAGGCCAGAAGAGCUGUUACCAAGGAGACUGGAAGGUUGGAGGACAGGACUGGACUCUUAAGAAAGGGAAAGGUUCAGAGCUAACAAGGGGAAAGGGAGAAAGAAAGGAUAUCUGGGAUGCUUCAAAGCGGAGUAAUAGAGGAGGGAGCUGCAAUGUCACCAGCACUUUGCCCUAGUGCAGGGGUUUAAUGUUUUAUCCCGAAUGGGUCCCAAAUUCAGAUUCCCAAACUAUAACAAGUACCAAACAGCUUAUGCAAACCUGUACUAACAACCACUCUUAAGUAAAUUGAAGCUGUCAAAAUGACUUCAUCGUUUGGACGCUGGCUGCCAAGAGCGAAGGCAACAUUAAAUCCACGAAGCAUUCUGGUGACUGGGUCCAGUCGGGGUAUUGGCUUAGAAAUUGUCAAGCAGCUGGUUGAAAAAAGCAACCGGCCGGAAUUGAUCUUUGCCACCUGCCGGGACCCAGAUGGACCACGCUCCCAGAAUCUGAAAAAUUUGGCUGCCAAACAUCAAGGAUUGGAGAUCGUUCAACUGGACGUUUGCAAACCAUCCACCAUCAAAGAAGCCGCAGCCAAAGUCUCUGAGCUGCUGAAAGGAGCUGGGUUGAAUAUACUGAUAAACAACGCUGGGAUUAUAAAGGUAGAAAGUACUCUGGAAUCUGAGAAACAGGAAGACAUGUUGGAAGUUUUCAAAACCAAUGUGGUUGGACAUAUGUUGGUGAGCCAGGCAUUUCUGCCCCUUCUGCAAAAGGCAGCAAAAGAAAGCACCCACAAAGGCAUGAACUGCAAUAAAGCAGCCAUUCUUAACAUGUCCUCUGAAGCUGGCUCCAUCACAAAUGUCUACAUGUGGGAAGGUGCACAAGUCCUCUCUUAUCGUUGCAGCAAGGCUGCACUGAACAUGCUCACAAAGUGCCAAGGUCUGCAACACAAAAAAGAUAAGAUCCUGUGUGUCGCAAUACAUCCUGGAUGGUUGCAGACAGAUAUGGGAAAUUCUGGGGUACUGGCCCCUACAAAACUUGAUGAUGGUGUGCGAAGGAUCCUGGGUAUGCUUCCCUCUCUCUCUGAGAAAAAUACUGGCACUUUUGUGUGUUUGGAUGGGAAAACUCUUCCCUGGUGAGACACAGCUGGAUAGACACCUGUACCAGCUCUUUUCUACUUGCUUGGGCUUCAGGAAGAACUCUCUGCUAGCAAUUUGAGCUUGGACUGCAAUAAAUACCUUUUCCCUUGA